UUUCUUUUCCGUGAGAGAGAGAGAGUGUGUGUGUGUAACAUUACAGAGAGAGAGAGAGAGAGAGAGAGAGAGGUGUGAAGGCAUGCUUUGUCGGCCAUUUGAGCUUCAGUGAAGAGCUCUCAUCCAUACCUCCGAUUCAUUCACCUAAAGACCCUUUACCAUCAUUCCAACCAAAAAUACACAAUUAAAAACAAAAUCACGACUUGGGUUUUGUUCUCUUCCUUUCCCCCGAGUAAAAUCCCCCCACGAAGCCCUUCUGAUUCAUUCCAUUUGUUUUUGAUUCCUUCCUUUUCUUGAGUUCAAAAGGGUUGUCCCUUUUAAAGUUCCUACGGAGUAUUAUAUGUGAAGAAAAUAUUUAAUAAUAAUAUUCCAUUGUCGAUUUGAAGAUCCCACCAUCCUUUGAAAAGUUGAGACCUUGGUGUUGUUUUGUACUCCUAUUCCUAUUUAAUCUUUAAUGGGUUUUCUGGAGGAAUCACUUGGGGAAUUGAAUCAGCAGUUGGGGUCAUGUCUCUCAUUCCGUAAGUGAUGGACUCUGAGAUUGUGCUGUAAACGAGAUACCAUGAAGGAUAGAAUAAUGGAAGACUCGAGGAGAGGUUUGAUUGUAGGUUUCGCCAGCUUUUUCGUCGUCACUGCUCUGCUUGUUUGUGCUUCAGAAGGGUUGAAUUCUGAGGGGCUUUACCUUUUGGAGUUCAAGAAAGGUGUUUACGAUAAACUUAACUUUCUAGGAAACUGGAAUUCGAGUGACCAAACCCCAUGUGGUUGGAAGGGUGUGAAUUGCUCAUUUGACCCUAAAAAUCCAGUCGUGGUGAAUAUUAGUUUGUCUUCACUGAACCUUUCUGGGACCCUGAGCCCCAGUAUUUGCAAUUUGGUUAAUCUUGCUGGGCUUGAUGUUUCUAACAACGGGUUCACUGGAAACAUUCCUAAGGAGAUUGGAAAUUGCUUGAGAUUGGAAAUUCUUUAUUUGAAUAACAAUCUGUUUGAUGGGCAAAUUCCUUCUGAGUUGGGUAAUUUACCUUCUUUAACAUACUUGAACUUGUGCAAUAACAAGAUAUCGGGUCCCAUUCCAGAGGAGGUUGGAAAACUUUCUUCUUUGGUGCGGUUUCUGGCAUACUCUAACAACAUCAGCGGUCCAUUGCCUGUUUCCCUUGGGAAUCUAAAAAACAUGACGACAUUUCGAGCGGGGCAAAAUGUGAUUUCUGGGAGCAUUCCCUCGACCGUUGGUGGAUGUGAGAACUUGGUGUAUCUUGGUCUGGCCCAAAACAACCUAGGAGGCAAUAUACCAAAAGAGAUUGGGAUGCUUAAGAGCUUGACGGAUUUGGUUCUUUGGAGUAAUGAAUUGAUCGGUUUCAUACCGAAGGAAAUCGGGAACUGUACGAAUCUUCAGACUCUUGCUUUGUAUGACAACAACCUUGUGGGCGAAAUUCCUGGUGAAUUUGGUAAUAUCAAGUCCUUGAUGAAUUUAUACUUGUACAGGAAUGGGCUAAAUGGAACAAUACCUACGCAGAUUGGUAAUGUCUCUUUAGCAAAAGAAAUCGAUUUCUCAGAGAACUACUUGUCGGGAGAGAUUCCGUCCGAGUUGAGUCAGAUACAGGGUUUGAGUUUACUCUACCUUUUUGAGAACCAGCUAACGGGUAUUAUACCAAAUGAGCUUAGCAGGUUGGAAAACUUAACAAAGCUUGAUCUAUCAAUUAAUAACCUCACCGGUCCUAUUCCUUUAGGAUUUCAAAACCUAACUCAAAUGCUUCAGUUGCAGUUAUUUCAAAACUCCCUCAGUGGUACCAUUCCUAGAGACCUUGGACUUUACAGCAAACUUUGGGUGGUUGAUUUCUCAAACAACUACCUAGAUGGAAGAAUACCUCCUCAUAUUUGCUGGAAUUCCAAUUUGAUAUAUCUGAAUCUUGAAUCUAAUAGCCUGCAUGGAAAUAUCCCAGAUCAUCUCAUAAAGUGCAAUUCUUUGGUGCAACUUCGUCUCGAUGGGAACAACCUGACUGGGAGCUUUCCCUCUGAGUUGUGCAACUUGGUGAAUCUUUCUGCUCUUGAGUUGGGCCUGAACAAGUUUAGUGGUCCGAUCCCUCCAGAAAUUGCAAGCUGCAAAAGGCUGCAAAGGCUUGAUCUCUCAAACAAUUUCUUCACAUCUGAGUUGCCGAAGGAGAUAGGAAAUUUGUCCCAAUUGGUUACUUUCAAUAUUUCCUCUAAUUUGCUCACCGGGAAAAUACCACCUGAGAUUCUUAACUGCUUGAUGCUUCAACGGCUUGAUCUUAGCCAAAACAGCUUCACAGGUUCCAUACCAAAUGAGCUCGGAACCCUUUUGCAACUGGAGCUUCUCAUGCUUUCUGAAAACAAGUUAUCUGGAAAUAUUCCUGCAGCAUUGGGAAAUCUCUCUCAUUUGACUGAGUUACAAAUGGGCAGCAACUUGUUUUCUGGUGGAAUACCAGCAGAGUUGGGGGCUCUCACUGGCUUGCAAAUUGCGCUGAAUCUUAGUCACAACAAUCUCUCUGGAAAGAUUCCACCUCAGCUUGGAAACCUUAUUUUGCUAGAAAUCCUCCUUCUGAAUAACAAUGAUCUGAGUGGAGAAAUACCAAGUACGUUUGGUAACCUGUCAAGUUUGUUGGGGUGUAAUUUCUCAUAUAAUGACCUUUCUGGACCGUUGCCUUCUAUCGGGUUGUUUCAGAACAUGGCCAAGAGCAGCUUUAUCGGAAACAAAGGGCUUUGUGGUGGGCCUUUAGGCGAUUGCAACGGCAACCCGACUUUGAAUUCAAUGCAGCCUUCUGUGAAAGGUGGUUUAAGUGCUCCAAGGGGUAAAAUAAUCACACUAGUUGCUGCUGCUAUAGGUGGGAUUUCUCUAAUUCUCAUUGCAAUUCUCUUGUAUAUCAUGAGGCGUCCGGUAGAGGUGGUUGCUUCCCGCCAAGAAAAAGAGACAUCCUCUCUCAUUUCGGAUAUUUAUUUUCCUCCAAAGGAGGGUUUUACUUUCCAAGACCUAGUUGAAGCCACAAACAACUUUCAUGACAGUUAUGUUGUUGGGAGAGGAGCUGUUGGAACCGUUUACAAGGCGGUUAUGGAGUCUGGGGAAACAAUUGCCGUUAAGAAGCUAGCUUCUAAUAGAGAAGGAAACAACAAUGAAAACGUUGAGAACAGUUUUCAAGCUGAGAUUCUAACUCUUGGAAAGAUUAGGCACCGCAACAUUGUGAAGCUUUACGGUUUUUGCUAUCACCAGGGUUCGAAUUUGCUUAUUUAUGAGUACAUGGAAAAGGGUAGUUUGGGCGAAUUGCUUCACGGUGAAGGAGCAACUUGUUGUGAGUUGGAAUGGCCGACACGUUUUAGGGUUGCUCUUGGUGCUGCCGAGGGUCUUGCUUACUUGCAUCACGACUGCCGACCAAGGAUUGUUCACCGGGAUAUAAAGUCUAACAAUAUUCUGCUUGAUGAGAAUUUUGAAGCCCAUGUUGGUGAUUUUGGAUUGGCAAAGGUCAUUGACAUGCCUUACUCCAAGUCAAUGUCUGCCGUGGCAGGGUCAUACGGCUACAUUGCCCCUGAAUAUGCAUACACAAUGAAGGUGACUGAAAAAUCUGAUAUUUAUAGCUAUGGAGUAGUUCUCUUGGAGUUGAUAACUGGAAGAACUCCGGUACAGCCGAUAGAUCUGGGAUGUGAUCUCGUCACGUGGGUGAAGAAAUAUAUCCGCGAGCAUCAACUAUCAUCUGGGAUACUUGACAGUAGAUUAAAUCUGAAAGAUGAAAGUACAGUCAAUCACAUGAUUACUGUAUUAAAAAUCGCUCUAUUGUGCACAAACUUGAACCCUUUUGAUCGGCCAUCGAUGCGGGAAGUUGUGCUGAUGCUGAUUGAUACUGAACAGAGAGCAAAGAAAUUCAUUUCUUCACCGGUAUAUGAUCCUACGGAGAAAGAUGAUGCCUCUUGACUUGUACGUAACAAUAAUCUCUCAGUUUCUUUGCUAAUAUGAUCUUUUAGGACCUGAUUAUUACUUGUAUCGAUAUAUUCUGCAAUAAAAUCAUCAUGUACAUUUGCUUUUUUGAGAGAAGUAUUAUUUGCCUGAA